CAAAACCGAUCUAUCCUGAAACCGAACGGGAAACAAAAGCUGUUUUCACGUUUACAGGGCAGCAACAACACCCAUCACGCCGACGGUGGUGGUGAUGGCAGAGGUGAAGGUGGUAGGGGUGGCGCUGGCGCUGGCGCUGCCACUGCCAGAAGCACUUCCGCUUGAGCUGCCGGUGGCAGAGGCGCUGCUGUCGGUGCCGGUGAUGCUGUCGAGGGCAGAGGUGCCGCCGGUGGAGAUGUCAGAGAGGAUGGAGGAGGCCUCGGUGGGGAUGGCGCCGCCAGACUCGGUGAUGGAGUUGAAGAUGCUGGUGGCCUCGUCGGGGAUGUUCUCAAUGCCAGAGGAGGCCUGGUUGAUGAUGUCGUUGAGGUCCUGCGCGCUGGAGAGCGCGGCGAGGAGGAGAGAGGAGGCAAGCAUGAACUUCAUUGUGGUGGUAGAGAUAUGGGUUGAGAUAGAGAUGGAUAUAGAGGUAGAGGUAGAGUGAGAUAGAGAGAUAGAUAGAUGUAGAUGAGAACCUGAUAUGAAGAGAGGAAAGGAGUAUUUAUGCCAUCACCGCCACUGCUUGCCACUCGCGAUCCCCGGGCUGGUUCC